AUGCUCGCAACCAUGCUGGCAACCACGCUGGCGUUCCACCUUGCCCUGCUCGCCGCUCUGCACGCGUGCUGCGCCGCGCUCCAGCAACGAGCCGCGCCCGCCGCGCCCGCCGGCUACGCCCCCGCCCCGGUGCCAUGCCCGUCCCCCCGACCGACCGUCCGGAACGCAACGGGCCUCUCGCCGCAGGAGCGCGCGUGGCUCAGAGCCCGCGACAGCAACACCCUCCCGGCGCUGAAGGGCCUCCUCGCGCGCGCCAACAUCCCCGGCUUCGACGCCGCCGCGUACCUGGACAGCCUGGCGAGCAGUGCCGCGGGCGGCGGGAACCAGAGCGCCGCGCUGCCGCGGAUCGGAGUCGCCGUCUCGGGCGGCGGGUACCGGGCCUUGAUGAACGGCGCGGGGGCGAUUGCCGCGUUUGACAACCGGACGGCCAACGCGACGGCGCCGGGGCAGCUCGGCGGCUUGCUGCAGGCGACGACGUAUCUCAGCGGACUGUCCGGGGGGAGCUGGGUGGUGGGGAGUCUGUUUGUGCAGAACUUUACGACGGUUGAGUCGAUUGUUGCGGCCGAGAGCGGCUUUCUGAGCACGCUUUGGCAGUUUAACGACUCUGUGCUGCAAGGGCCUCAAGGUCUCCGCGUCGGCCAAUACUACAACGAGCUGUACCAGACGGUCCAGGACAAAGCCAACGCCGGAUUCAACACCACCAUCACCGACUACUGGGGCAGAGCCCUUUCGUACCAGCUGGUCAACGCCACCGACGGAGGACCAGCGUACACGUUCUCGUCCAUUGCCAACGACACCGGGUUCGCCGCCGGAAACGCCCCCCUGCCCCUGAUUGUCGCGCUCGAGCGAGCCCCCAACCAGCUGCAGGUGCCGCCCAACGCAACCGUCUACGAGUUCACCCCGUGGGAGAUGGGAUCCUACGACCCGCAGGCAUCCGCGUUCGCGCCCCUCCAGUACGUCGGCUCCGACUUCUCCAACGGCACCGUCAGCCGCAACGGCAGGUGCGUGGCGGGCGUCGACAACGCCGGCUUCGUCAUGGGCACUUCGUCCUCCCUGUUCAACCAGGCCUUCCUGCAGAUCGGGAGGGUCGCGGGCGUUCCCGACCGGCUCACCCGGGCCAUCAACCAGACGCUCGCGGCGGCCGGCACCGCCAACCGCGACGUUGCGAGCUGGCCGAACCCGUUCUACGGGUACAACAGCAGGGGCAACGCCAACGCCAACGCGCGGCUGCUCACCCUCGUGGACGGCGGAGAAGCCCUGCAGAACGUCCCGCUGCAGCCGCUCGCCGUCAGGGAGCGACGCGUCGACGUCAUCUUUGCGAUUGACAGUUCCGCCGACACGCAGACCUUGUGGCCCAACGGGACGAGCCUCGUCGCCACGCACGGCCAGCUGGGAGGCGGCGGCGGCGGGCCCCGCGCCCUGGCGCCUUUCCCGGCUGUGCCGGACCAGAAUUCCUUUGUGAACCUGGGCUUCAACAAGCGGCCGACGUUUUUCGGCUGCGGCAACCGCACCGGGCCGUUGGUGGUGUACCUGCCCAACACGCCGUACACCUUCUACUCCAACGUUUCGACGUUUGAUCUGUCGUACAACGAUUCCGAGAGGGACCAAAUCAUCCGCAACGGGUACAACGUCGCGACCAUGGCCAACGGCAGCGCCGACGCCAACUGGACCGUGUGCGUGGCGUGCGCUGUGCUUGGUGCGAGCUGGAGGCGGACGGGCACGGCGGUGCCGGCUGCUUGUGCCGAUUGCUUCUCGCGGUAUUGCUGGAACGGCACGACCAACUCCACCGCGCCGCCGGUGUUUCAGCCGCAGCAGAUCAUCACGCCGAGCCCUGAGUCUGCGGGCUGCAGGGUCGCGAUGCCCGUUGGCGUGGCAUUGCUGUCGAGCUUGCUGGGCGUCUUGUUUGCUGUUGGAUAG